AUGCCGAAAUAUAAACUAAUCUAUUUUGACAGCAAAGGUCGUGGACAGGCAAUUCGUUUAUUGUUCCACCUAGCUCGUGUGGAAUUUCAGGACAUUAGAAUAAGCCACGAGACAUGGGAAACAAUUAAACAAACAAUGCCUCAGAGGAGAUUGCCUGUUCUGGAGGUUGAGGGAAUGAUCAUUCCACAAAGUGGUGCAAUUUUACGAUACCUGGGCAGGGAGUACGGAUUGUACGGCAAAACAAACAAGGAAAGUACAAGAAUCGACGUCAUAUCCGGUGCUGUUGAGGACAUGGUGUAUAUCCUUGAGCGCUUGUUUUACGUUGAGCGAGUUGAGGAGGCAAGGAUCAUACUCAGACAGGAAAUUCUCUCAUGGCGACUUCCGGAAUUCUUAGACAUCAUGGAAAGUGCACUCAAAGAAAAUAAGGCCGGCGACAGUUUCUUUGUUGGAGAUCAGGUAUCAAUAGCAGAUGUCCAUCUGUUUAGUAUUAUAGACUGGAUGCAAGAUCUGUUUCCCGAACAUCCAUUUACCUUACCAUCGAAAAUAAAUGCAUUUAUGGAAAGAUUUAGAGCUAUUCCAAAUAUUGAGAACUGUAAGUGUGUAACGCUCAAGAUGCCGACCUAUAAACUGAUGUACUUUGAAGGCAAAGGGCGUGCCGAGGUGAUUAGACUAGCCCUAACAGCAGCAGGACAGGAGUUCGAGGACAAGAGGUUUACAAGAGAAGAAUGGCUGGAAGUCAAACCAACUAUCCCUCAAAAGCAGUUACCAUGCCUGGAGGUGGAUGGCCAAUUCAUCUCCCAAUCUGGUGCUAUCUUGAGAUAUGUGGGAAGGGCGUUUGGUUUAUAUGGAGACAAUAAUGACGAAAACACUCGUAUUGACGUCAUUCUUGGGGCUACAGAGGACUUCCUAAAACAUGUAAUUGCCGUGUAUUACGAGAAAGACGAAACAAAGAAAGCAGAAUUGAAGAAAGAUUUAGAAGAAAACAAAUUGCCACAGUUCUUCGAUUUAUUGGAGGAAAUCUUAACAGAAAACAAUGAAGGAAAUGGGUUCUUGGUAGGAAAUAAAAUGUCGAUUGCCGACCUUAUGAUCUUCGACACAAUUGAUCAAGUCGCUGGUUAUGUUUCACCUCCACCAUUCCCACCUAAGCUUGGGGCUUUGAUUGAGAGAGUGAAAGACAAUCCAAAAAUAAAGGAGUAUAUAUCAAAACAAGCCUGAAAUUGAAUAUACAUUUCAAAGACAGUUUAUUGAUCACAGUAAACGGUGCCACCGGUCAUAAGGUUGCUGUUCAAUGUACGUUCGAAUACGAUAUUUCAAGUCAGGUUAUGCUAUGAACAUUACUAAGUAUUCUGAAAUAUAUAACUAGCUUUGAUAUCUAAGUUUGAAAUGUAUUAACCUUAUGCUAUCUAGUGUGUCACUUACUAAAGACAUAUUUUUGUAAUAUUUAUCUUAUGAACACAAU